CCACGCAACCUAGAUUGAACGGUGAAGAUGCUCUGCGGCUUGAGCGGCGCUGUGUGCCAUGUCCCGGUCGUCAACGUCAAGACGGGCCAUGUCUACGAGAAGCACCUCAUUGAGGAGUACAUGAAGACGCAUGGCAACGUCUGCCCGCUCUCCGAGUCGGCGCUGUCGCCCGAGGACCUGCUGCCGCUGAAGCUCACGACGCUCGCGACCGACGUGACGCCGCCGUCCAAGGCCACGUCGUCGAUCCCGUCGCUGCUCUCGGCGCUGCAGACCGAGUACGACGCGCAUGCGCUCGAGAUGUUCCAGGUCAAGAAGCACCUGCAGCAAACGCGGCAGGAGCUGUCGCACGCCUUGUACCAGUACGACGCCGCUUGCCGUGUCAUCGCGCGCCUCAACAAGGAGGUCGAGCAUCUCAAAGAAAAGAGCAAGCAUGGUGCGUCCAACCCGAUCGAAGAUGCGUGGGAGACGGUCUCGGCCAACGUCGCCGCGCGCGCCAAAGAGCUCGCCCACUACCGCAAGAAGGAGCGCCGUGUCGAAGAAAUCACCAAGGAUGUGGCCGCGAUGAGCUGCUCCGCGAGCCACACGCUGCACCAAAGCGACAAGCCGGGCGUGCUUUGCGUCGACAUCAAGGACCACCUCGUCGUGACGGGCGGCAACGACAAGGAUGCCAAGAUCUUCAACACGCAAUCGGGCCAGAUUGAGGCGACGCUGAGCGGCCACAGCAAGAAGAUCAACGACGUGCUCUUCCACCCCGCUGCGGACGUGGUGCUCACGGCGUCGGCUGACAAGACGGUCAAGCUCUGGAGCGCGGGCGCGAACGAGCGUAACUACUCGGUCGGGCACACGCUCUCUGGCCACGACGCUGCGGUCACGAGCAUCUCGCUGCAUCCGUCGGGGUCGUACCUUGGCACGGCGUCGGAAGACGGGUCGUGGGGCUUCUUUGACCUCGGCACGGCCACGCUCUUGAAGAAGGUGUCGGCGCAAGCCUCGGAGAUGCACGCGCUGCAGUUCCACCCGGACGGUGCGAUCUUUGCGUCGGGCCAAGGCGACGCGACGAUCCGCGUCUGGGACGUUGCGUCGGCGUCCGUGGCCGCGACGUUCGAGGGGCAUGGCAAGGCUGUGACGAGCCUGAGCUUUUCCGAGAACGGGUACCACCUCGCGUCCGGCGGUGCCGAUGGCCUCGUCAAGUUUUGGGAUCUCCGCAAGCUCAAGAGUGUGUUCGACUUGCAGCUGCAGGCGCCAAUCCACGCCGUUUCGUUCGAGCACAGCGGCGCCUACCUUGGUGUCGCGACCGGCAAGGGCAUCAGCAUUUUCCAAGAAGCUGGCAAGAAGAGCUGGAACCUGGUCAAGACGUUUGACGACCACACGGCCGCGGUCACGGACGUCAAGCUCUCGCGCGGCCUCGAGUUGAUCGCGUCAACGUCGCUCGACCGGUCGCUCAAGCUCUACGCGUAAGCCUCGUCCCGGUACUAGCACGCGAGGGGUCUUCCUUUUUCUACUACUAAUAACCAGCUCUAUAUACACCCAUCACCAAUCGC